CAGGGAGGCGGGGCGGAGGCCGCGGGCACCGGGAUCCGCGCUGCUCGGGCGGCGCCUCCCUGCGGCGGCCCGGCCCGGCUCCGGCCCCCGCCAGGGCAAUGCUCCCCGAGGCCGCGGGAUGAGCCAGUGACUCGGCUGGCCCGGGCAUGGCGGACCCAGUGGCGGGCAUCGCGGGCUCGGCAGCCAAGAGCGUGCGGCCGUUCCGCUCCAGUGAGGCCUAUGUGGAGGCCAUGAAGGAGGACCUGGCCGAGUGGCUCAACGCCCUGUACGGCCUGGGUCUGCCCAGUGGUGGCGAUGGCUUCCUGACGGGGCUGGCCACGGGCACCACCCUGUGCCAGCAUGCCAACGCUGUCACAGAGGCCGCCCGCGCUUUGGCCGCUGCCCGCCCGGCCCGUGGCGUGGCCUUCCAGGCGCACAGCGUGGCGCCCGGCUCCUUCAUGGCCCGCGACAACGUGGCCACCUUCAUCGGCUGGUGCCGCACGGAGCUGGGCGUGCCCGAAGUGCUCAUGUUCGAGACCGAGGACCUGGUGCUGCGCAAGAACGAGAAGAGUGUGGUGCUGUGCCUGCUGGAGGUGGCGCGGCGCGGGGCCCGCCUCGGCCUGCUCGCCCCUCGCCUCGUGCAGUUCGAACAGGAGAUCGAGCGGGAGCUGCGCGCUGCACCCCUGGCCCCCAACGCCCCCGCUGCUGAGGACCCCACCGAAAGCACCGCGGUCCCCGGGGCUCCCCACCGCGGGCCCCGCAUGACGCCCAGCGACCUGCGCAACCUCGACGAGCUGGUGAGGGAGAUCUUAGGCCGAUGCACCUGCCCAGAUCAGUUUCCCAUGAUCAAGGUUUCCGAGGGGAAGUACCGCGUGGGAGACUCCAGCUUGCUCAUCUUUGUGCGGGUGCUGAGGAGCCACGUGAUGGUGCGUGUGGGUGGCGGCUGGGACACGCUGGAGCACUACCUGGACAAGCACGACCCUUGCCGCUGUUCCUCAGGCCACCGUCCACCCCAGCUGAGGGCCCGCACCUUCUCCCCACAGAGGGUGUCGCCCACACCCAGCCCCCGUGCUGGUAGCCCAGCCCCUGGGGGUGAGCGCCGGGGCUCCCGGCCCGAGGUGACACCCAUUAGCUUACGCAGCUCAAAGGACGGGCUCGAGACCCCGCUCAGGGCCCGGGACCAGCUGCCCCCCCAUCCCCGCUCCCGCCGCUACUCCGGGGACAGCGACUCCUCAGCCUCCUCAGCCCAGAGUGGCCCUCUUGGUGCCCGCAGUGACGACUCAGGCACUGGCCCCAGGAGGGAGCGGCCCAGCCGGCGGUUGACCACAGGCACCCCAGCCUCCCCGAGACGGCCCCCUGCCCCGCGCAGCCAGUCCCGAGACCGGCUGGAUCGGGGGCGGCCCCGUGGGGCGUUGGGAGGCAGGGGAUCCCAGCUGUCGGCCCCCAGCCCCGCCCGGCGGGCCCGGAGCCACAGCCGUGAGGAGCAGGCUGUGCUGCUCGUGCAUAGGGACCGAGAUGGGCAGCACUCGUGGGUGCCACGGGGCAGAGGCAGUCCCCAGACCCCCCGUGCGCGCAGCCCUGCAGCCCCCCGGCCUCCCCGGGUCUCCAGCCCCAGUCCAGAGUUGGGCACCACACCGGCCAGUGUCUUCCGCACACCCCUGCAGCUUGACCCGCAGCAGGAGCAGCAGCUCUUCCGGCGCCUGGAAGAGGAGUUCCUGGCCAAUGCCCGAGCCCUUCAGGCUGCUGCUGGCGGGAGCCCCACUGGACCAGCCCCUGACCCAGCUCGGGCCCCAGACCCUCCAGCUCCUGACUCGGCCUACUGUUCCUCCAGCUCUUCCUCUUCGUCCCUCAGCGUCCUGGGUGGCAAGUGUGGCCAACCCGGAGACUCUGGCCGGAUGGCCAAUGGGCUGCCUGGGCCCCGAGGCCCAGCCCUGUCCAGCUCUUCUGAUGAAGGCAGCCCCUGCCCUGGUGUAGGGGGCCCACCAGAUGCACCUGGGAGGCCCCUGGCCGGCCCGGAACUGCCAAGGACCUGGGCACGGGGCCGGAUGGAUACACAGCCAGACCGAAAACCCUCACGCAUUCCCACACCCCAGGGCCCCCGCCGCCCAUCUGGACCCACGGAGCCCAGGGCCUGGCAUGCCCUGCACUCGGUCAGCCCAAGAGCUGAGCCAGAUUCCUGGAUGUGAUGGACCAGCCCAGCUGUCCCCAGGUCCCCAUUCCUUCUCCUUUUCCUUUGUGGCCUUAACCCCACUGCAUCAGGGAGCCCCCCCUGCCUCUCGGGUACCAGACCUCAUGGGACCAGACCCCGUGGGACCACAUGGCACAAUGGGACCUCUGUUGUACAUUCCGGUUGGGGGAUGAGCAUUGCUAUUUAAUUACUAAUAUUAUUGAAUGCCUUAGAGGAGGCCGGGCCAGCCCAGUGAGGACCCCUUCCGAGGUCCUGUGGCCCUGCAGAGCCUGACAGUAAAGUAUUGUUUCAGCUA